AUGUCCAACGUAGAGCCUCGUAGGGCUCCAUGGCAUCGUCGACCCAGGGUUGGCCUCCAACACUCGAAGCACAACCCACGAAACGUGGCUGUCUCCAAUGGGGCUGUCAUCGACUCGACACCUGAUACUCGAACAGACGAAGCCCACAACAAACAAAAAACAACACAUGCUUCAAGUCACCAGGCUCAAGAUCGCAAGGCAUCUCUUGAGGCCCCGGUGAUACAGAAGCCGCCCGCUCGGCAGCCCACACCGGCCGUUGGCAAAAAGCCCGUGCCGGGAAUCAUCGGCAUAAAACCUGCUGUCAACGAGGACGAGGGCCUCGAUAUCGAUGCGAGGCUCCGUCCCACGUACUUUCUCAUGCGCCCAGGGCCAGGCCAUACCCGAUGCAUCGUGCCACUGAUCCCUCUUGAUCUCCUGCCCCAGCACAUAAACAUUGCCGGCCUGCCACGAUACUUGUCUCCCGCCCAGACGAGCCGCAUGUCCAGCGUUGGCACAUACGCAAAGGCAGAAAAUACGCCUUGCUACGAGCUAGACAUAGGACAGCCCAGUGACACCGACGAAGGGCUCAGUAGAGAGGAGACUGUUCAGAGUGCCAAUGCCAGCCCGGAUCUCGUGCUAACUGAGGAGAUCCCUCGCACCGUACCCAAUCCAGUCGUCCCUUCAGGUGGCAAGCCCUCGCCGCCUUUACUCGCGUUCGAAACGGGCACUGCCGCCACUUCAGCGCACCACCACCACCGUCACGCCCAGUCGGCGAAGCUCAAGACAGGACGCGGGCAUUACUGUCGUCACUACUGCCACCAUGGGACCUGCAAGUGGGGAUCACGCUGCCGUUACCAGCACAUUAUGCCGAGCACGUCCUCGGGACUGGCGGAGGUUGGACUCAAGAACUUUCCGGCUUGGCAGGAGGCGAACGGCUAUUGUGCUACGAGCGUCGCAGGAACGGCGCACCAGAGCCUGGUUCAGCAGAGACUGGUUGACUUGGACUAG